AUGGAUUGCGGUGCACAUUCAUCAGUAGCAAAUUUUCUCAGCAAUAAUUAUCCAUCAUCACUGUCUUCGUUAAAUAAGAAAUUGAAAGACACAAAUCGAGUUCCGAAACGGAUUUGUCGAACGGAUACAAAUGCUAUUGCCCAAAAUUUUCUUUUGAUUUGGCUUGACGCAGAAAUUGAUGAAUCCAGCGAUGACUAUCUCAGUUCUAUCAAACAACUACGACAAACAGUGAAUAUCAUUGAAACAUUUCGUGACACAGACGAGUGUAUCGAUUAUAUUUCAGAAAUUCAAAACGAAAAGUUGUUUCUUAUUAUUUCCGGUGCUUUGUGUCAAACAAUAGUGCCCCUCAUUCAUAACAUAGUACAAUUAUAUUCAAUUUAUGUCUUUUAUCGGAAACAAGAAACUCAUGAAGGAUGGACAAAGGACUGGUCCAAGGUGAAAGGUAUUUUCACUGAAAUUACUCCAAUUUGUGGCUCGGUUCAACAAUGCACUCGACAAUGUGAUGAAAAUUCAAUUUUAAUCAGUGCUGUAUCGUCAUUAAAUCAAAUUGAACCAUCAUUUAUGUAUACACAACUGUUCAAAGAAAUAAUUCUUGAAAUUGAUUUCGAUGAAAAAAAAGCAAUCAAGGAUUUAGCAGAAUACGCUCGCGAGAAAUAUGCGGGCAAUGACCAUCACUUGAAAAUUAUUGACGAAUUCGCCCGAGAAUAUCAAAGUAAUUUGGAUGGAAAGAACAAGCCUAUUUGGUGGUACACUCGGAAUUGUUUCACGGAUCAGAUGCUCAACAAAGCACUCCGUACUCUGCAAGUGGAAACCCUGCUCAAAAUGGGCAUCUACAUUCGAGAUCUUCAUCGAAACAUCAAGAAGCUCAAUUCAGAGCAACCGAAUGAAACUCCUGGAGCAACAACAACAUUUAAAGUAUACCGUGGUCAAACCAUGUUCAAGGAAGAUUUUAAAAAUAAAAUUAAACAAGGUGGACUCAUUUCGUUCAAUAAUUUCUUAUCAACAAGUGACGAUCGAAAGGUAGCCCUUCGCUUUAUUCCGAAAGGGCUUCAGUCCGCUGAGAACAACACAAUUCGUGUUCUCUUCGAAAUGUCCAUUAAUCGAUCUAUUUCAUCAGCUCCGUUUGCUCGCAUCCACCAAUUUAGUUAUUUCAAGAAAGAAAAAGAAAUUCUCUUUUCAAUGCACACGGUUUUUCGUGUCCAACAAAUCCAAGAAAUUGAAGAUAGGGGAAUAGUGUUGUGGCAAGUGAAACUUACAUUCACUAGUGACAAUGAGGACCAACAGCUCAAAACUCUUACCAAACGACUACGCGAGGAGAGCCAGGGAAAAGGCUGGGAACGAAUGGGCUCAUUGUUAUCGAAAUUGGGUGAAAAUGACAAGGCAGAACAACUGUACAGAAUGCUACUCAAUCAGGCAUCUGAUGAGACCGCCAAAGCAGCUUAUUACAAUAACCUCGGAAUGUUAAGAAAUGACCAAGGAAAACACAAUGAGGCCCUUGUGCUUUACCAAAAAGCACUCGAUAUUAAAGAGAAAUCUCUCUCUCCAAAUCAUUCCGACUUCGCAGCAGCCUACAAUAAUAUCGCUUUGGCGUAUGAAAACAUGGGCGAGUACUCAAAAGCGGUUUCAUCGUAUGAACGAUCACUUGAAAUCCAGAAAAUAGCUAUUCCUCCGAAUCAUCCUGAUUUGGCUUCUUCCUACAACAAUAUCGGUAGUGUGUAUUCUAGCAUGGGCGAGUACUUGAAUGCACUUUCAUCGCAUCAACGAUCACUUGAAAUCCGGAAAAUAGCUCUCCCUUCGAAUCAUCCCGACUUGGCUAAAUCCUACAACAAUAUCGGUAGUGCGUAUUCUAACAUGGGCGAGUACUCGAAAGCACUUUCAUCGUACGAACGAUCACUUGAAAUCCAGAAAAUAGCUCUCCCUCCGAAUCAUCCCGACUUGGCUUCUUCUUACAACAACAUCGGUUUGCUGCAUGAUAACAUGGGCGAGUACUCGAAAGCACUUUCAUAUUACGAAAAAGCUCAAGAAAUCUUGAGAAAGUCACUGCCUUCAGUGCAUCCAUGUAUUGCGGACGUGAAAAGAAAUAUUGAAAAUGUAAAAACGAAAAAGUAA